CAAAGAUGGCGACAAUACUUCCUGUUCAGGGUUUUUGCCUUCAAUAAAGAUGGUGCUUAUGGUACAGGUUCCCUGACAGUUUGGAUUCCGGUUGCAUUUUUUUUUUCUAUGAUACUUGUUUGCAGACAGGGAAAUGGAGGCUAGAGACAAGCACGUGCUUCGCUCCCUCCGCCUGGAGCUGGGUGCAGAGGUACUGGUGGAGGGACUGGUCCUCCAGUAUCUUUACCAGGAAGGGAUCUUGACGGAAAGCCACGUUCAAGAAAUCAAAGCUCAAGCCACAGGCCUCCGGAAAACAAUGCUGCUGCUGGAUAUCCUACCUUGCAGGGGUCCUAAAGCAUUCGAUGCAUUCCUAGAUUCCCUGCAGGAAUUCCCCUGGGUGAGGGAGAAGCUGGAGAAGGCAAGAGAAGAAGCCAUAGUUGAGCUGCCUGCAGAUGACCAGAUGGCUGGAAUCCCCCCACACAUCCUCCACAGCUGCCCGUCCGACCGGCAGAUCAACCAGCUGGCCCAGAGGCUGGGCCCUGAGUGGGAGCCCAUGGUGCUGUCCCUGGGGCUGUCCCAGACCGACAUCUACCGGUGUAAGGCCAACCACCCCCACAACGUGCAGUCCCAGAUGGUGGAGGCCUUCGUCCGCUGGAGGCAGCGCUUCGGGAAGCAGGCCACCUUCCAGAGCCUGCACAGGGGACUCCAGGCUGUGGACGUGGACCCCUCGGUGCUCCAGCACAUGUUGGAAUGAUGGUGCCCCCUUCAGCGCCCGGGGAGGCCAUCCCCUAGUCUCAUGUGCCGAAUCCUGACUCCCACCCAGGGCAGGUAGAUUUGGGAGAUUUGUUUGUUUGUUUGCUUGUUUGUUUGUUUUAGUGAUUCUCAGAUGAAAGGAGAUAAUGGGAUUUCCACUUGACAUGACUCGAAAGGCAGGAUUACUCGGUAGGUCUCCCACCCUGAAUUGACUAUUCAUUGUUUCUAAUUGCUCAAAGAUUGCAUUAUUUGAAUUGUGCAGGUUUUAAUUGUGGUUGCCUUUUAAUAGACUGGUAAAUCCUAGUGGC